CACGAGGCGCGAGCAUCCCUCCUCGGAGGCCAACCUCUGGACCGCAACUACCAGCCUUACGCCUUCCCGUCCUCUUCCUACACCCAGCAGCCUUACGACGCCCAGCCCGGAGGCUACCACCACCGCGAGGGAUUCCCCACCCAGCUCCCACCGCCCGUUCGACGAUCGAAAAGGAUGUAUAUCCCAAAUACCAAGUGGACAUGGGCCUUCAUGUUGACGGCCAUUGUGCAGGCCGUCGUCGCUAUAGGCCUGGAGGCAUAUGUCUUUGCAAAGUUCCAAACCAGCCUGCGCGACAACAUCCCCGAACACCACAAUGAGACCCGGACCAUUCCAACAUAUCUGGCCGUCUUCAUGUUUGGCUACAUCUACCAGCUCAUCCUCGUCUAUGACGCCCUGCAACAGAAGAACACUAUUCAGGUCAUUGGCCUUGUCCUCUACAAUAUUGGCAUUCUUAUCUAUGCCGCCAUUCAGUUCGACCAAAUUGACGAUGCCGUCAAAGGUUUGGCUUCUGGACGAUUUAUUGAAGGCCCCCUGUGGAGGGAGCUUCGACCGGAAUUGAUUGCCGAGCCCAUUCUGAUGGCCGUUGCAACUGUCAUCUUCGCCUUCAUUGCAUGGAAGCUGUACGACGAAUUUGCCUGGACCAUCUACAAGCAUAUCAGCGCCGAUCUGCGGAUGAAGAGGAGGUAUCUGACAUAUCAGAUUUAUAUCGCACUCCUCAAGUUCGACUUUUUCUUCUUCCUUGCCUUCACAGUCCAGUUCCUAGUUGUCGUCGAGAACACGUCCACAGUCGAGCUUGCGCUUACGGCGGCGGCGCUCGUCAUCACCUUCGUCCUCCUCUUCCUGGCCGCCUUCUGGGUCCGCCGAGAGUCCGUUCCCGGCAUGAUUCUCGUCAUAAUUGUCUACUUCAUUGCCCUCGCCUACUUCUUGUUCAAGCUCGUACGCAUGUACGCCGCGGACGCACAGCGCCUCGAAGACUACAAGCCGGCCCGGAAGUCGUUGACCAGCUUCGCUGUCCUGACAAUUCUGCUACUGCUGGUCACGAUUGUUACUGCAUGCAUGUGCACUCACAACUUCAACAAGGGUCUGAAGCCGCACGUCAACAGCAAGAGCGUGAGGCAAGGCGACGAUAAGACGGGCUACAGCAACGAGAUGCCGUCUCUCAGCGGACCGACCCCCACCACACGGAUGGAGAUCGACUAAACAGUUCUUUGCUUCUCUUUUCGUCCCUUUACUUCUAAAAACACCAACAGGAAUUGUUGGAUUGCGUUCUGCGUGCAUAGCUCUGGUCCGGCCACGACCGGAGCAAAACAGGCGUCUGG